GGGAGAUUUGUAGAUGUAUGGAGGUGGAGGGAUGGUGAUGGUGGUGGGGGUGAUUUGUAAACAUAUGGAGGAGGUGGUGAAGGAGAAGGCGGUGGUGAAGACUUGUAAACAUAGGGUGGCGGCGGAGAUUUAUAAAUGUAAGGAGGAGGGGGUGAUGGAGAAGGUGGGGGUGGAGACUUGUAAACAUAUGGAGGUGGCGGAGAUGGAGAUGGUGGCGGUGGAGAUUUAUACACAUACGGAGGGGGUGGCGAGGGAGAAGGCGGGGGUGGAGACUUGUAAACAUAUGGAGGUGGGGGAGAUGGUGAGGGUGGUGGAGGUGACUUGUACACAUAUGGAGGAGGCGGGGAAGGAGCAAGUGGUGGUGGAGACCUAUAAACAUAUGGAGGCGGAGGUGAUGGCGAUGGUGGAGGAGGUGAUUUGUAAAUGUAUGGAGGUGGAGGUGGUGAUGGUGGUGGGGGCGGGGCGACUUGUACACAUAAGGGGGAGGUGGUGA